UUAUUUCGGUGUAGGUUGUACAACAUACUGCACUCAUUUAAGUUACAGAAUCAUGGAUUUCACACUUAUUCUCUUGUUGACAUGCUUCACUAUUGGUCUAAUUAACUUCUGCAAAUGGCUCAAGAACCGAAAACGAAUUUGGGACGCAAUUGAACCAAUAGGUGGUGAAAAAUGGUACCCUUUGAUUGGUACUUGCCUAGAACUGGCCCAAACUAAGAGAAAAGAUUUCUACGACGUGUAUUGUGCCAGAAAUGUGAAAUAUGGACCUUUCUUCAGAACAUGGAUGGGCUUUAUUCCAGCUAUUCAUGUCAUGAAACCUGAUCACGUUGAGCGCAUCCUCAGCAGCACCGUCAACCUCACAAAGGGUGAUAAUUACCGUUUCGUAGUGCCUUGGCUAGGAGAGGGUCUUAUCACCGGUUCAAACCAUAAAAAAUGGCGCGUCCACCGGAAACUAAUAACGCCCACUUUCCAUUUCUCCAUCCUGGACAAUAUGAUGGAAGUCAUGACUGAGAAAGGGCAAUUUCUCGCCGAACAACUUGCAGCGAAAGCCAACGGACAAUUCUUCAACAUCUACCCUUUCUUGACCCUGUGCGAACUCGACAUCAUCUGCGAGACCGCCAUGGGAGUUGAAGUCAACGCAAUGAAGCACUCAGAGUCGGAAUACGUUAGAUCUGUCUACGGAAUCGCGGACAUCAUGCUAUACCGUAUGUUCCACCCCUAUCUUCACCCCGACUUUAUCUUCAACCUAUCUUCCAAGGGCCGUCAGCACAACAAGUACCUGUCAAUUCUGCAUGGCUUCACCAGAAAGGUGAUACAAGAAAGGAAGGAGAAACUAACAAGUGGAAGAGACGUUGUGCAGGAACUAAGCGAAGAGGACAAAUUGUUGGGUAAAAAGAAACGUCUCGCCUUUUUAGACCUCCUGUUGGAAGCCAACAAAAACAGCGAAGGGGGACUGACGGACGAAGAGAUCAGAGAGGAAGUUGACACGUUUAUGUUUGCUGGUCAUGACACGUCCACUGUGACCGUAGGCUGGACUCUGUUCACCCUUUCCAACUACCCCGAGUAUCAGGAGAAGGUUUAUCAGGAACUGGACGAGAUUUUCCAAGGGGAAGAACGACCGAUAACGCCACAAGAUGUACUCAAAAUGCAGUAUCUGGACAAAGUGAUAAAGGAAACUCAGCGACUCAUUCCAGUAGUGCCGGUUAUUGCAAGGACUCUUGACCAGGACUUGGAAAUAGGGGGGCGCACGAUUCCUGCUGGCGUGAUGGUAGUGAUCCACUUGGCCCGCCUCCAUAAGGACCCGGAGCAGUUUCCAGACCCGGACCGCUUCGACCCCGACCGAUUCCUCCCAGAAAACGUCUCCAAACGGCACCCGUACUCAUUCGUACCUUUCAGUGCCGGCCCCAGGAACUGCUUAGGUCAAAAAUUCGCCUUGAGAAACACCAAAGUCCUUCUCGCUUCCAUCCUAAGAAAAUACAAAGUUAGAGCAGAGAAGAAAAUUCAUGAAAUGAAGUACAACAUCGAAAUUGUUCUCAGACCCCAAGAAGGAUUGAACGUAGCACUGGAACUAAGACGUACAUGAGGAAAGUUUCUCCUUACUUUUUGUAAAUUUAUUGUUGUUUAAUAAAUAAUCAUAACUGA